AUGAGCUCCCUCCGCUUCACUCGCUCUGCCCUGAGGGCCCGUCCCUCCAUGUUCGGCGCCCCCGUCCAGCGUCGUGGUUACGCCGAGGCCGUCGCCGACAAGAUCAAGCUGUCCCUGACUCUGCCUCACCAGACUAUCUACCGCUCGACUGGCGUUACCCAGGUCAACCUCCCUGCCGCCUCCGGUGAGAUGGGUGUCCUUGCCAACCACGUUCCCUCCAUCGAGCAGCUCAAGCCCGGUCUCGUGGAGAUCAUCGAGGAGGGUGGCGCCACCAAGCAGUACUUCCUGUCCGGCGGCUUUGCCGUCGUCCAGCCCGACUCUCAGCUGAGCAUUAACGCCCCCGAGGGCUUUGCUCUUGAGGAGUUCAGCAGCGAGGCUGUUCGUGCCCAGAUCGCCGAGGCCCAGCGCAUUGCUGGCGGCAGCGGCAGCGAGCAGGAUAUUGCUGAGGCUAAGAUUGAGCUGGAGGUGCUGGAGACUCUGCAGGCCCACCUCAAAUAG